UUGGCAAUGAUAGUUUUACUAAUUUAAACUGUUAUUAAUUUUCAUUAUACCAAAUUUUGAUUGGUCAAUUCUGAUAUUUCAUUUUAUUUUGUUAGCUGUUGUUUUUCAAGUUAAAUAAAUGCUGCUUUUUUCGUGAAUUACUAUAUCGUACUUUUAGGUCUUUUUCAUUGUAAACAUUUUAUAUAUUUUGUAUUUUAAAAGAUAUAGGUUAAGUUGAUUUCAUUGUAAACAAUUGUAAAUGCUAGGCUCUUUUCUGUGUCGUUUUUACAAAUGUUUAAAAGUUAGUUAAAUGCUGUGCUAAUAUGAAGAAAGAAGUAUGUUUCUGCAAAUUUCCCGCAUAUUACAGUGUAUGGAUUUGCCGAAAUUGUGGAAAGGUAAGAAUUAUAAACAAGCACUACGAGCCGUUGAAGGCGCUAGAAUGGUAAAAAGCUGCACGGGGCGUCAUGGGGUGCUUCGGCAGCAAGGACAAAUUGUCCAAGGAGGACAUGGACUUCCUCAAAUCGCACACGCGUUACGAUGAAAGCACCAUUAAAGAGUGGUACAAAGGCUUUAAGCAAGACUGCCCAAAUGGUCGACUAACUCCUGCGAAAUUUGUAGAUAUGUAUAAGAUGUUUUUCCCUUCUGGUAACGCCGAAGAAUUUUGCGACCACGUGUUCAGAACAUUCGACAUGGACAAAAAUGGUUACAUCGAUUUUAAGGAGUUCCUUUUGGCAAUCGAUGUAACGUCGAGCGGUACUCCAGAGGAAAAGCUGAAAUGGGCCUUUCGCAUGUACGACGUAGACGGUAACGGCGUUAUCGAUAUACAGGAAAUGACUAAAAUUGUACAGGCCAUCUACGACAUGUUGGGUGCUUGUUCAUCGAAUCGACCGGCUGACACUGCCGAGGAAAGGGCAAAGAAUAUAUUCGCGAAAAUGGACGAAAAUAACGACGGUCAACUGACUCAAGAUGAAUUUCUUAAGGGCUGCUUGCAGGACGAGGAGCUCUCGAAGAUGCUAGCACCGUAAACAUAUUUUUACGACGAAAAGAAUAAAUGAGAUCUAAAUAGAAUCGGUUACGUAAGAAGAAUAUUUUGAGACCAGCAAAAAAAAA